AUGACUUCGGGCUUGGAGGAAGCGCUGCAACACACUGGUGGCCAUGGGCAAACCGCCGAGGGUGUCUCAAUCUCGACCUUUCUAGCCUCGCUGGCGACGGCCAUCGCUGUCUUCGUCGUUGAAUUCCUCCUCUUUAUGCUUUUAAAAGGCAAACUAAGUCGUAUAUACCAACCACGAACAUACUUGGUCCCAGAUAGGGAACGCACAAGUCCGUCACCACCAGGCCUCUUCCGUUGGAUUGUGCCUGUGUUUCGUACAUCCAGCGCCGAGUUUAUCCAGAAAUGUGGGCUUGAUGCAUAUUUUUUCCUGCGCUAUUUGCGCAUGCUCCUGAAGAUCUUCGUCCCCCUGGGAAUUGUGAUCUUGCCGGUUCUACUGCCAGUCAACCGCGCUGGCGGCAAGGGCCAGACAUACGAAAAUGGUACAUCAGGCAAGAAGUAUGGUGUCACUGGUCUGGAUCAGUUGGCAUGGGGUAAUGUGACCCCUCAGCACACUCAUCGGUAUUGGGCUCAUUUAGUGAUGGCCGUUCUUGCCAUUAUCUAUGUCUGUGCUGUCUUCUUCGAUGAACUUCGGAACUAUAUUCGCCUGCGACAGGCGUAUUUGACAUCUCCCCAGCAUCGACUCCGGGCCUCUGCAACCACCGUGCUCGUUACGUCUAUUCCGCCCGAUUGGCUGAGUACGGAUGCGCUUGAUAAUCUUUUCGAUGUCUUCCCUGGAGGGGUACGAAACAUCUGGCUCAAUCGCAAUUUCGAUGAUUUGAAUGAGAAAGUGAAAGCGCGAAACGAUUUUGCUCUCAAACUUGAGAGUGCCGAGACAGAUCUGAUCUCAAAAUGCAAAAAGGCACAGCUCAAAAAGGCCAAGUUGGAGGCGAAGAAGGCCGGCAAAAGCAAAGCAAGCGCAGGGAAAGAAGAGAAAAAGGUGACCGACAAACGGGCAUCCCAGAUGGCGAUAGGCCCUGGCAUCAGCUCUGGUAAUCCUCAUGAGGCCCACACGGUACGAGAAUUGCUCCACCCCACACACUCCCAAAAGAAGCGGUCGGAAGAUGGAGCUCGACGGGUACUUGACCCUGCCUUUGCAGCCGCUGGAGCAGUUGGAUUAGGUGUGGGAAAACUCGGCAAAUCAGUGCUUGGAGGCUUUAGGAAGGUUGAAAAGGGCCUUGAAGCACCCUUAGCUCAGACUAGGGGCUUUGUUGCCGCCACCGACGAGAUCAUUCCUCCGCAUGGAAACAUCAUUCCGGCACAGGACCAUCCCGCCUCUGGCAACACCGGCCCGCUGCAUACAAACACCCAUCCAGCCCACGACCCUCCCGCCACCGACGACACCCCUCCAUUGCGUCCAAGCUCCCCUCCAUCCCAUGAUCACUUUUUCUCAGAGACUACACCUGUGACAACGUCUAGUAAAACUCUAGGCCUGCGACGCCCAGGCCAGAGCCCUGUUCACAGUCCAGUCCUGAGUAAUUCAACGUGCUGUGACCCAACAACUCCACCGAAGCCACCAUUCUGGAGACGCAUCUCGUCUCAUACCAAAUCGCAAGGCAUACCUGAAGCUGACGAAUAUCCACUGACCGCACCUGAAGGUCCUGCGACCGGUGCUGUUUGUUGUGACUCCAAUGAACUUGAGAAUGAGAAAGACACAAGCGGCCGAAAGGAGAAACACAAAAUGAAACCAGAAGACUAUCCCACCGCUUACAACGAGAACUUUGAUAAUGAGGACUACGGAGAGCCAUUGUGGAAAGAUUAUAUCCGACCCAAGGACCGUGAUACUAUGCGACUACCCAUAUUUGGUUGGAGUUGGAUGCCUUCAAUUUGGCUUCUCGGAAAAAAGGUCGACACCAUUGAUUAUUGCCGAAAGGAACUUGCUCGUCUAAAUCUGGAAAUUGAAAUCGACCAACAGCAUUCUGAGCGGUUCCCCUUGAUGAACUCGGCUUUCAUUCAAUUCAAUCAUCAAGUUGCCGCCCACAUGGCAUGCCAAGCUGUUAGCCAUCAUCUGCCCAAGCAAAUGGCACCCCGAGUCGUGGAAAUAUCUCCUGAUGAUGUCAUUUGGGAUAAUAUGUCGAUCAAAUGGUGGGAGCGAUACCUGCGUUCCUUCGGCAUCAUAACAUUAGUUUGUGGAAUGGUCGUUGGGUGGGCGUUUCCCGUUGCGUUUACCGGACUACUUUCACAAUUGUCAUAUCUGGAGGGUGCAUUUACAUGGCUGGCUUGGAUUGGCAAGCUGCCCGACUGGUUCAUUUCAGCCGUUCAGGGUGUCCUUCCUGCACUAUGUUUAGCCAUUCUAAUGGCACUUUUGCCUCUCAUGCUUCGCUUCUUGAGUCGCACACAAGGCCUCUUCACUGGCAUGUCCAUUGAACUCACUGUCCAAAACUACUACUUUGCCUUCCUCUUUGUGCAGCUGUUCUUGGUUGUCACCAUUGCCUCCAGUUUCUCUACAAUCAUCGAGCAUGUCACUGAUGUGACCAGCUGGCCGCAACUACUAGCUGUGAACAUCCCGAAGUCCAGUAACUACUUCUUCUCUUACAUGAUUCUACAAGCCAUGUCUGUGAGCGCUGGUGCUCUCGUCCAGAUAUUUGGUCUGGUGAGCUGGUUUAUUCUUGCUCCCAUUUUGGAUUCUACUGCCCGGAAGAAAUGGGCUCGGACAACCAAUCUCAAUCAGAUGCAAUGGGGCACAUUCUUCCCUGUUUACACCACUCUUGCCUCUAUCGGUCUGAUCUACUCUGUGAUUGCACCUCUGAUUUUGGUUUUCAAUAUUAUCACCUUCAGCCUUUUCUGGUUCGUCUACCGCUACAACACACUCUAUGUCACCAAGUUUCGCUUUGACACUGGUGGUCUCCUUUUUCCCCGAGCUAUCAACCAGCUAUUCACCGGGAUUUACUUUAUGGAGGUCUGCCUGAUCGGCUUGUUCUUCUUAGUUCGAGACGAAAACAAUGAUGUUUCCUGCAAGGGACAGGGAAUUUGCAUGAUCGUGGUACUGGGAUUAACCGUCGGUUAUCAAAUCCUUCUCAACGAGGCCUUUAGUCCACUAAUCCGAUAUCUUCCCAUCACUCUGGAAGAUGAUGCUAUUCGACGUGAUGAGGAGUUUAGCCGUGCUCAACAUGCUCGCCUUGGCCUCGCCGAUGACAGUGACGACGAUGGCGACAUCGAACAUAGUCUCGCUGAGCGUGAGCGCCAGGAGCGCCGGCCAGAACAAGGCACACGAGACAUUGAGCUCAAACCUUUGGAUAUCGAUUUACCAGACGAGAAGCGACGGAAUUCGGACCGCUUAUCAACGCCUCGGCUUGGACAAAAACGCCCAUCAUGGGCUUCCAAUACAUCAAACCGAAGGUCCAAGUAUUUUGGCUCGAACUCGCCAUCUGCACAUGCGCCACGGGCCGUACAGAAGAAAAUUGUGCAAGACACGGAGUCUCAGGGAGUAGGCCCCAACACAGUUGGCCAAGCCUUGUUUGCUGGUAUUCACGACGAAUUGGAGGAUCUCACUCCCGAUGAGCGUGAUCAAUUGGUGCAGCGUGCCUUCCAGCACGAGGCCCUUCGCGCAAAGCGGCCUGUCAUUUGGAUCCCGCGUGAUGAUCUGGGUGUAAGUGAUGACGAGAUCUACCGAACACAAAGAUUCAGUAAGCAUAUCUGGAUCAGUAAUGAGUAUCAAGCGCUGGAUGGCAAGUGUCGGACAAUCUUCAGUCGCAGUCCUCCCGAUUUCUCGGAAGUGGAUUUGAUUCAACUUUGA